AUGUCUGUCAUUUUUGCCAGGCAACGGUUUCGUGACGGUUUCCUUCAAGUUUCCUAAUCCCUUGCAUUUUGGUUUAUUUCAAGCUUUUGGAAAUAUUUUAAAAGACCAGCAUUACAAUGAUUUUAAUAAUGUGUUAACUCAUAUUAUGGUAAUUGUAGGACUUCGUAGUAAAUAGUAAUUAAGUACAAAAUAUUUUAAUCCUAAAAAUGGAGACAUCGAAAAUAGAAUCCGAUUUACCUAAUAAAAUGGCACAUUUAGAUAUAAUGGAGAUUGGAGAAUCUUCGGGCGCAAAUGUAUCAGAAUCAAAUUCUAGAGUGUUAAGAAAACGCAAACAGUUAUCGCCUGAAGUAAGCAAACCCUCAAAUCGGCGAGUUAGUAUGAAACCCCGAAAACAUAGUAUUAUAACUGAAAAUGCUAAUUCUAAACAAAUUGAAGCAUUAUAUCUUAAUAAGAAGGUGAAAUCAUUAUCACAAACAUUAGAAACUAUUUAUGAAGAGCCUAAAAGUAAUAAUGUGGACUCUAAUACCUUAAUAGGUGGAAGGAAAGUGAAAAGACUGGUAACAUUUCAAAUAGGUAACCAUUAUACAAAGGAGAAAAUAAAGAAACGGAGGGCCAAAAUAAAAAAGCUAUUGGGUAAUAAGUCAUUUCUGAAUAGAAAGAAAAUUCCAAUGAAUGUUUUCUUGAAAACUAUUGAAUGUUUGGAAUUAGAUGAAGUUGCACAUACGGAAAGCAAAACUGUUGAAAAUGUCACUGUAUAAUUCAUGUACUAACGGUAUUGUAUUAAAUACCACAUCCUUUAUUAUAAAAUCAAUUGAGAAAUACGACUGAUUGUAAUUAAAUAAAACAUUUAUAAAAAUU